GGGGGGGGAUCCGAGCCUGCCGAGGGGAAAAGUGACCUGCCCCGCUCAGGCCGGCGGCGAUGGAGGAGGGCAUGAGCAGCAUGCAGCAGAAAGCGGCGGAGCUGGAGCACAUGGCCGAGGUCCUGCUCACCGGCGAGCAGCUCCGGCUCCGACUGCAUGAAGAAAAGGUCAUUAAAGAUCGGCGUCACCACCUUAAGACGUACCCGAACUGCUUCGUUGCCAAAGAGCUGAUCGACUGGCUGAUUGACCAUAAAGAGGCCUCAGACCGAGAGACGGCAAUUAAACUGGUGCAGAAAUUAUUGGAUCACAGCAUUAUCCACCAUGUCUGUGAUGAGCAUAAGGAAUUCAAGGAUGUCAAACUAUUCUACCGCUUCCGAAAAGACGACGGGACAUUUCCGCUGGACAAUGAGGUGAAGGUGUUCAUGAGAGGACAAAGACUGUAUGAAAAGCUGAUGAGUUCUGAAAAUACCCUUCUGCAAGCCAGGGAAGAGGAAGGAGUCAAGUAUGAACGGACCUUUGUGGCAUCGGAGUUCAUUGACUGGCUGAUCCAGGAAGGAGAGGCCACGACACGGACUGAAGCAGAGCAGCUCGGCCGCAGACUUUUGGAGCACGGGAUUAUACAGCACGUGUCCAACAAGCACCAUUUUAUGGACAGCAACUUGCUCUACCAGUGCAGAAUGAAUUUCCGCCGGCGGCGGCGAUUAAUGGAGCUCCUCACUGAGAAAUCUCGCUUGGUGCCAGAAAGCCAUGACAGCCCGUUUUGCCUGCGCAAGCAGAACCAUGACAACAGAAAACACACCAGUUUUCUCUCAGUGAGUCCCACCAAGGAGAUAAAGAUCGUGUCGGCAGUACGGAGGAGCAGCAUGAGUAGCUGUGGCAGCAGUGGGUACUUCAGCAGUAGCCCAACGCUCAGCAGCAGUCCCCCCGUGCUCUGCAACCCCAAAUCUGUAUUAAAGAGACCUGUGACUGCUGAUGAGCUCUUGAUGCCUGGAGCCCCAUACGUAAGAAAAACUUUUACGAUCGUCGGCGAUGCGGUGGGCUGGGGCUUUGUGGUGCGGGGGAGCAAGCCCUGCCACAUCCAGGCUGUGGACCCCAGCGGGCCAGCAGCCGCGGCUGGGAUGAAGGUUUGCCAAUUUGUCGUAUCUGUCAAUGGCCUCAAUGUUCUCCAUGUGGAUUACAGGACAGUGAGCAACCUCAUCCUGACCGGCCCUCGAACAAUUGUGAUGGAAGUGAUGGAAGAAAUAGAGUCCUGAGAAGGAGAAAAACUCUUAUUGGACAUUUUUGUGAGAGAAAUAGUGAUUAUUGUGGAGCAGCAUGACACAAGGAGGCAGAACGUUACUGUGUCUAAAAUAGAUGAUUUUGCUUUUAGGGGAAGGGGACUCUCUUUCAUUUAACAAUAAUAGCACUGGUGAUUAUGCUAAGAAAUGGACAAAAGAUACCAGCAUAUUUUCACUAAGGACUUCUGUUUGCCCGACGGAGACAAGGUUAAGGCCUUUAAGGUUGUCUGUCCAGCCAUGUCUGCAUCGGUCAGAAUGGUUUCCCACUGAAGAGGCCGGGUAGAUUUCCUCACAGUCCACCACUGGAUCAAAGCACUUCAGGAGAUGAAAGAACCAAACACUGUGGGGUCAGGAUGUCACAGAUGGUUUGCAUGACAUAUUUAUGUUGGUAAACAUCCUUCUGGUGUCCAGCUUUGUCCCAGGAGCAUGUGCUGUCGCAGUUGCUCUCUCCUUGGGCUGAGGGACAGCUGACUAAAUGCUGGCUUGAUUGCAAUCAAACAAAAUGAACUGCAAAUGCAUGAAAAAAAGGUGUCCAUUCUCUGUAGAGGAUACUCUGGUAUGAAUGUUUGGGCCUGACUGAAUACACUGAUUAGUCUAGAAAGAAAAAUCAUGCAAAUGGAAAAGCGUGCAGUACUUUUACAAAAUCUGCCUUUGAAAAUCGGGCUUGUUGUUUAGAUGCCUACACACUGGUUUAGGUGCUCACGUAUAAAAUGUUCAUUUUGGGUUUUUUCCUUAUCUGUAAAGGAAAAGUGUCUCAUUCUUGCUGUUCGUCACUUUGGAGAAAUUUUGGACAUCUUUAUUCCUAGAAGAAGAAGAAUAUUUGGCGGGUUGAAGUGGGAAAUCCACAGUGAUAGCAUUAGCAAUGAUACAUCCAGAUGCUCCAGUAGAGAAAGUACCCUUCAAAUUGAAGCAAUGUACUUGAAUGUACAUUAAGCUUGUUAGCACUUUCCAAUCAUCAAAUGUUUUGCAAACUACAGACUUGCCACAUGAAUUGCAUUUGACACUAUUACUAAUAAAACAUUGUAUUUAACUGACUCUUACUCUUUUUCAAACAGUAGGAUUUCUUCGCUGAUGAAUUCAUGAAACAAAUCUUUUUUAAAAAUGUAUAUACAAAUUCCAUAUUCUGCAGAGUUACGUGACUCUUCAACUCGAUCGUAAGUGGACUGCAUGGGUUUUCUUUGAUCUUUGAACUGAAUAAAUACAUCCUUGUCCACAAAAUUAUAAAUAUAUAUUUCAGACUUUCUCUGCUGUCUAAAUUUUACAAUUAAAGCUUGACUUUCUAUAUGAGCAUACCACAAAUCCUUCAAUUACGGGGUGGGGAAAGUAUUUUUUCCUCAAAUAAUUUUGAAAUAUGUUUUAUAUUAAAAAUUGU